AAAAAGUUCUAAUUCCUUUUCGGUUUCUGCAUGAUCAAAAUGUAGCUGUGUGAGUCACGUACAGUGCCCAUCUGAGAGAUGGCUGCCAUCCGGAAGAAACUAGUAAUUGUGGGAGAUGGAGCUUGCGGGAAGACCUGUCUGCUAAUUGUCUUCAGCAAGGACCAGUUUCCGGAGGUGUAUGUGCCCACUGUGUUUGAGAACUAUGUCGCAGACAUAGAAGUGGAUGGCAAGCAGGUGGAGCUAGCUUUGUGGGACACAGCUGGCCAAGAGGACUAUGACAGACUGAGACCGCUCUCAUAUCCCGAUACUGACGUCAUUUUAAUGUGCUUCUCUAUAGAUAGCCCAGACAGCUUGGAAAAUAUUCCAGAGAAGUGGACUCCUGAAGUGAAGCAUUUCUGCCCCAAUGUGCCUAUCAUACUUGUGGGCAACAAGAAGGACCUACGUAAUGAUGAACACACACGUCGGGAACUGGCCAAAAUGAAACAGGAACCAGUGAAGCCGGAAGAGGGUCGAGACAUGGCCAAUCGCAUUAAUGCAUUUGGCUAUCUAGAGUGCUCAGCCAAAACGAAGGAUGGUGUCAGAGAGGUUUUCGAAAUGGCCACCAGAGCAGCACUGCAGGCCAAGAAACGUGGGAAGAAGAAUGCCUGCCUCCUGCUAUAGAGGGAUGGGGCAAACAGGGGGAGGGAGAGAGGGGGGAAUUUCAGCAGGCCAAGGAUAAUUAAAAGUGAGGGGAGGGAAAUGUCACCAAAUAGGCCAUGCAGUGAGAAUGGAGACAUAUGAAGA